AUGACAGAUUCUCCUAAUCAACAAAAUCAAAUGCUAUACAGUGAAAGUGAUGAGUGGAAGGAUAUUAAACCAAUAUAUAAUACUGCUGAUGAAGAUUGUGCAGUGAAGAUUUCAACAAGUGAAGAAUUUGAUGAUGCCUUUGCUUACUUGAGGGCAGUUAUGAAUGCAAAUGAACUGAGUGGUCGUGUACUUGAAUUGACAACAACUUGUAUUUCUUUAAACGCCGCUAAUUAUAGUGUUUGGAAUUAUCGGCGGAAAGUUCUUCGUGCAUUAGGCUUGAAUAUUGAAGAUGAAUUAAAAUAUUGUGAAACAGUUAUCGGUGAAAAUCCUAAAAACUAUCAAGUAUCACCGUAGAGCUAUUGUGGAAGAAUCUGGAGAAUAUCGAGCCGAACUUGAAUUUACGGCUUCUAAACUUGAGGAUGAUGCGAAAAACUACCAUGCAUGGCAACACAGGCAAUGGGUUGUUGAAUAUUUCAAUCUUUUUUCACCUGAGGAAAUGAACUUUGCUGACUCACAUCUAAAAGAGGAUUUAAGGAAUAAUUCAGCAUGGAAUUAUCGUUAUUUUAUUUGCUUGAAUUUAAGUGAUCGGUUUCAACAAAAUCAUUUUUUGCAAAUUGAAAUAGGGUUUGUAAAUUUUUAUUUCAUUAAUAUUAUUAAAUUUAGUUAUGUCUUAAAUUUUCUACGGAUCUCACCUUGUAACGAAAGUGUCUGGAGUUAUUUGAAUGGGUUUGCUUUUGUUUUUUUUUGAAUAAAUAUUUUUUUAGAAUUUUAAUAAAUGAUGACUUGGGGCUACAACGGCCUGAAAUUGUUAAUGUUGUACAAGAAUUGCUUUCAAGAAUUCCUAGCUGUC